AUGUAUGGUUUUGUAGAAAAUAAUGACGAAGUUCAAGAGGUUGCUGCUCAAAAUGUUGAAACAAAUUCAAAUAAACUAAAAAAUUGUAAUGAAAACCUAUUAUUGGUACAUUUAGCAAAAUUUUAUAUCACUAGCCCUGAAAGAAUCAUAUUUUUAACAACUGUGGAAUCAAUUGAUAUCACCUGUGAAAAACUUUCUCAAUUUAUAAGAAUUAUUGAAAGAGAGUCGCAAAAUUGUAUUCGUUUGAAUAAUGAUAACUUGUACUCAAAACUUUAUGUAUCGGUAAUAAUUUAUUAUGAAAAUUUUUGUGAAAUAAAUUCGAAAGAGCUUCAAACUUACAAUUAUUGUUUGCAAGAAUUACGUACCAGUUAUAUGGAUUGUGAAGGGCCACCUGAUUGGUAUGAAAGAUCAAAUCAAACAGAAGUAUGUGAAAUUUUUCUUAAAUUAAUGAAUUGUUACUAUGUUUCAACAACGGAAUUGUGUGGUUUAUAUGUUGCGAAUUUAAUGUGGACAUCAACAAAAGAUGUAUUUGGACCAAUUUUACCGGAUAUAUGUAAUAUGAAUGAAGAUAGUUCAAAAAAUAUAAACAGUACGAAAAUUUUAAAUGAAAAUGCAAAAGGUAUUCUUCAUCCACAUGAUAAAAAAUUUUAUAUUUUGAUGAUAUUUGCUGGAGCCUUGGCUCUAUCUUGUACAAUAUGUGUUUUUGCUUGUAUUUCAAAUUGUUGUAAGAAAAAAUAA